AUGGCCGAACCCACGAAGCGUCGCUUCAAGGCGAUUAGUAUGAUCUUUACAGCACUCACAGGACUGGGCUCGGUAUCUUACGGCUACAGCGCGUUUGUGCUCUCCUCAACUUUAGCAGAGCCGUCGUUCUACCACUACAUGAAGCUUGAAGGGCGCCCCGAUGCCAACGACCUGAUUGGUCUGACAGGCUCCCUGUUUCAAGCCGGAGGAUGUCUGGGAUCUUUGCUUGUCUCCUUCUUCGCCGAUCGCUGGGGUCGUCGAGUUGGUAUAGCAUUUCCAGCUGCCUUAUCAGUCUUCUCCGCCGCUCUUCUAGCAGGCUCAGUUAACAUCGGCAUGUUUAUCGUUUUCAGGUUCUUUGCUGGCGCGGCCUCUUGCAUGAUCGUCAGUGCAGUGACUUUAUGGAUCAGUGAGGUUGUUCCUCCGAAUGUUCGAGGAUCAUUUGUCAAUGUCAAUGGCGCAUCCAUAUUGCUCGGUGGUGUUAUGGCUGCUUGGGUUGGAUAUGGCUUCAGCCAUCUUCGGCCUGGUGAUGUCGACAGCAAGCAAUGGCGGGCUCCACUCGCACUAGGGACUCUUCCGGCCUUGAUUCUUCUCUGUUGUCUCUACUGGCUUCCUGAGAGUCCAAGAUGGUUGAUCAGCCAAGGAAGGCACGACGAGGCAAAACGGGUCUUGAGUCGACUGGAAAGCCCGGAAGAAGCCGCCAGCGAGUUCUUGCAAAUCCAUGCACAAAUCCAACACGAUGCGAACUUGGAAAGUUCAUAUAUUUCCAUGGUCACCAAGCCAAGUUACAGAAAACGAACAAUUCUGGCAGUUUUGACAACCUUUUCGACGCAAUUGACUGGACCCUUGGUGAUCGUUAACUAUGGUGCCCUCAUAUAUGCUCAACUCGGAUUCGAUACCAAUAAACAAAUCAUCUAUCAAGGCGGCUGGAUCAUGGUCGGAUUGGCUGGUGGUUUGAUCUCUCUUUUCAUUGUCGACCUUGUCUCACGGCCAGCACUUAUUGCUGGCGGGAUCCUCGGAUCUCUAGCUAUGCUGGCCAUUGAAGCGGCUCUAGUGGCUACUUACGCUACAACUCCCGAGUCCUUGGCCAAUCCGAACCAAAGUGCGCUUCAGGCAGCAGUGGCAAUCUUCUAUGUUUACAUUCUCAUCUUUGAGGCCACGCUGGAAGGUGUUCAAUUUGUUUAUCUUGGGGAGAUUUUCCCAACGCAUCUCCGAGCUAAAGGAAUAGGUAUCGGUAUUUCAGCCUUAUGCCUUAUCAAUAUCAUGUAUCUGCAGGUCGCACCAAUGGCUUUCGCUCAUGUUGGAUGGAAAUUUUAUCUUGCCUUCAUCGUGCCAGGUACAUUCAUGGCGUUUGUAAUCCUGUUUUUCUGGCCAAACACAAGACAAAUGCCCCUGGAAGAUAUUGCUGCAUUGUUUGGUGAUGAAUUUGAGCACGUUGACGAGGCCCGUUAUCCACAAGAAGUGCUCUCCGUUCAUGAUGCUGAGGUCAAAUAUGCAGAGAAAGAAAGACCAGCGGAGAAACUCACGCCUUCUGGGCAAGAUUAG